GAUUUCGGUCGAAGCGGUCAAAAAGACCUGUGACAAACCUAUACUAUACAUGACGCAUUUCCUUGUGAUUAAGGGUAAUCCAGUUGCUUAUUUACUCUAUCGAGACAGGUGGUAUCAAAGGAUCUCAGAAGGAUCAUGGUAAGCUCAGUGUUCUAGACCGCCGUGGUCGCUUAUCAAAGCUCCACUUGGGCUUGACGGGCCUCAUAAAACCCGCAUCACCAAGCACCUUGGUCUCUCACCACGUAUCAUCAGAAAAGCAUUGAUAAUGUCACAAGAAUUUGUUCUCCCGCGCCCAGGGGCGCGUUACAAGCCUCAGCCGCCAGUUCCGGGGCCGACAGAGGCCGCUUUCGUUGAAACAUUCGGAGCGCUACUGCCAGCUGCUCAAUUCCUUCAGACUCCCCGCGGCAAGGCUGCUUAUUACGAGAUCAAGCCUUCGUCACCCAAGGAUGAUACCACCAAAAUUGAUAAAGUGCUGUUCAUCCAUGGUGUUCAGACCCCAGCGCUAGGCAUGCUGCCCCUUGCCCGCGAUCUUGAGAAAUCGUUCCCGGCUGCGCAUAUGGUUCUGAUCGAUCUCUGGGGCCACGGACUGAGCGAUACACCUGUUGUUCCGCACGAACCAUCUCUAUUCCACCAGCUGAUUGACGAUCUACUGGAUCAUCUGAGCUGGCCGUCUGCUCAUCUCGUAGGCUUUUCCUUUGGCGGAGCCACUACUGUCAGCUACGUUGCCUCCAGGCCCUCACGUGUCAAGAGCUUCACUCUCGUCGCGCCCGCAGGCCUCUUACAACUAUCCAUGUUCACGCCUGAUGAGCAAGCCUGUCUUCAAGGAGACGACGAAUAUGCUGCAAAGAAGUGCGUGUUGAACAUUCUCGAAGGCGGUGACCUUGUUGUGCCAGCAGAUUGGAAACAAAGGGUCGCCAAGGGUGAGGUCGUCGCAGAGGCAGUACGCGAAUGGCAGAUGCGCGAGCACCCGGGACAUACAGCUUCUGUCGUUGCGAUUUUCAGAGACGGCGGUGUAAUGGGCUCGCAUGCUCACUUUGAUGAGGCGGCGAAGACGGGAAUUCCAUCACUCGCUGUGCUUGGCGAGCUGGAUAGCUUGUGCAGCAAGGAUCAGCUGAAUGAGCAUGGAUUUGAGAAUGUUUUUGUUGUUCCAAAGGCUGUGCAUAGUGUUGUGAGGGAUCAGGCUGAGGAUGUUGCUAGCCUCAUAGGGGAUUUCUGGAAGAAACUAGAGAAACAAUAAAAGGAAACAGAGGCAAUAGUGUCACAGAGCAAAAUCGGAGCAACUCUCUGCAUCCCCAAGCCCCCAGGCACUUGCCUCCCCUAUUGAAG